AUGGCCACUGCAGAUGUAGGAGACCCAUCAACAGAAUGUGAACCACCUCCUCUUCCAUUGAAGUCGCAGGAGGAGCCGGUGCCUACGCCGCUCUCUCGCCGCCAGUCUCCGCCCACAGACUGCUCGUGUGAGAUCUUUAACAAGCUGGAGUGUGUGAGACAGACGAUUACAGAUCAGCGAGUGUCAGUUGUUCACAUUCAGGCUGGACGAGGCCGCGUGGAGACAGAUGGCCGUAACUCUCAAACGUUUCAAACUGUGCUUAAUAAAGAGUGUGCAGCCGGUUUCUACAGGCUUUCUGCUCACACUGGUGGAGCCGCAUCCAGAGCCGGCUUCGGGAGCUGUGUUCGAUGCCAGUGCCAUGGACACAGCGACUCGUGUGAUCCUGAAACAGCCGUCUGCCAGGAUUGUCAGCAUAACACAGAGGGGGAGCGAUGUGAGCGAUGCGCUACGGGCUUUUAUGGGGAAGUGAGAGGCUUUCCUGACGACUGCAAACCCUGUGCCUGUCCACUGCUCAACCCUGAGAACAACUUCAGUCCGGCCUGUGAGAGCGAGGGCUAUAACGGCUACCGCUGCACCGCCUGUCCCGAGGGCUACGAGGGCAGACACUGUGAAAGGUGCGCUCCUGGCUUCCACGGUGACCCGAGUGUGUUGGGCGGCCGCUGCGAGGAGUGUAAGUGUGACGCGUACGGGGCGUUCCCCGCAGUGUGUGACGCGCGCUCCGGACAGUGCCAGUGCCGUCCCGGUGCCAGCGGACGGAAGUGUGACCGGUGCAUGGAGAGGCAUGUGUGUGGCCCUGAGGGCAUCGUGUCGUGUGACGAUGACUGCGCAGGGCUCUUGAUUCGUGACAUGGAGCGUUUGCUGCGUUUGAUUGGCAGUGUCAACCUCACUCUGCCCCUCCCCCUGCCAUAUAAAGUGCUCUAUCGGUUCGAGAACAUGACAGAGGAGCUGAAGCACAUGCUUUCCCCACAAAGAGCGCCAGAGAGACUGCUUCAGCUGGCCGACAGUAACCUGGGCAGUCUGGUCACCGAAAUGGACGAACUGCUCAGCCGGGCAACUAAAGUGUCUGCUGAUGGGGAGCAGACGGCAGCUGAUGCUGAGAGGAGCCGCAAAGGAGCAGAGGACCUGGAGCUUUACGUUAGGAACACACUCCUGGCUGCCGAAGCUUUACGGGACAAAGCGCGUGAGCUGAACGCGACUCUGGGCGUGAGGGACGGGGCUCCAGAGAAGAGUGUGAACGAGAUGAAUGAUGAAAUUCAAGCCAUGCUCGCAGAACUGCGCAAACGACAGCUCUCCGGAAAGAAAAACAUUGCUGAUGAAGAACUGGGGGCCGCUGAGGCUCUUCUGGCUCGGGUGAAGCGUUUGUUUGGAGACCCGCACCAGGCCACAGAGGACCUGAAGAAGGAGGUCAGUGAUAAGAUGGGCGAUUACAGGCAGAAACUGGAGGAGGCUCAGGAUCUGCUGAGGGACGCGCACAACAAAACCAAACUGGCAGAGGGUCUGGCUAACACCAACCAGCUGAACCUGGACCGCCUGCAGGGAAAGAGGGACGUGGCCGGGGAAAAGAAAAAGCAAAUGGAGGGGAUUUUGGCGGAAGGAGAGAAGAUGCUGGACGAAGCUAACGCUCUGUCCGACAGCAUCAACCAGGGCAAAGAGGAGCUGGAGGAGAUGCAGAAGGAGCUGGGGCCGCUGCACGAUAAGCUGGACCUGAAGGUGGCGCGGCUGGGUCGCGGACUGGACGACUCCGUCCCGGAUCUGCUGAUGAGAGCGGAGGAUCACGCCGGCCAGCUCAACGAGUCCGCUGCCAUACUCGACAGUAUUCUAGCCGAGGCGAAGAACCUGUCCUUCAACGCCACCGCUGCUUUCAAAGCGUACACCAACAUCAAGAACUACAUCGACGAGGCCGACAUGGUGGCCAAAGAGGCGAAGAAGACCAGCGUCGAGGCUCAACAGCUGGCCUUGGGACCCAAAGGAUCUCUGAAAGAUCAAGCCAAGGCCUCUGUUCAGAAGAGCCACCGCUUGUGGGACGAGGCCAAAGAACUGCAGAAUGACGUGAAAGAAAAUGGAGACAAUCUGGGGGCUCUUCAGUCCAGGCUGAAAAAAGCCAACAAUAAGAACAAAGACUUACAGAAAGGCCUGAACGACACAAUGGAGAAACUCAACGCCAUCCCUCAUGGUCUGGCAGAGAAGAUCCAGGCCACCAAGGUGAAGGCGGCGGAGGCCAACGACACGGCCAUAGACGUGCUCAACCGUCUGAAGGACAUGAACCUCAACCUGAUGGGCUUGAAGAGGAACUACAGCGACCUGGAGAACGACGUCAAGAAAGCCAACAACCUCAUCAAAGACCCAGAGAAAAACACAAUAAUUCACGCGGCAGGUGCGAAAGUGAAGGAUCUGGAGAAUGAGGCUGAUAGGCUGCUGGAGAAACUAAAGCCCAUUCAGGAACUCCAGGACAACCUGAAGAAAAACAUCUCGCAGAUCAAAGAACUCAUCAACCAGGCUCGCAAACAGGCCAACUCUAUUAAGGUGUCUGUGUCGUCCGGCGGAGACUGCAUCCGCAGCUAUCGGCCGGAGAUCAAGAAGGGCCGCUAUAACACCAUUAUCCUCCAUGUGAAGACCGUUGCUGCUGAUAACCUGCUCUUCUACCUUGGAUCGGCCAAAUAUGUGGAUUUCUUGGCGAUCGAGAUGAGGAAGGGUAAAGUGAACUUCCUGUGGGAUGUUGGGUCAGGGGUCGGCCGUGUAGAAUAUCCCGAUCUCAUCAUCAACGAUGGAAACUGGCACCGAGUCGAAGCCUCACGGAUCGGGCUGAACGGCAGUAUCUCGGUCCAUGCGCUGGAGGGGCCCAAAACGGGCAUCUUGCCGACCCGUAGGAGUGCCCGAUCCCCCGAGAGCUACACUGUGCUGGAUGUGGACCAGAACGCCUUCCUGUUUGUCGGAGGCAUGCUGGGCUCGGUCAAGAAGGCAGACGCUGUGAAAACCACCACGUUCUCCGGCUGUAUGGGAGAGACGUCUCUGGAUGGAAAAGCCAUCGGCCUGUGGAACUACAGAGAGAGAGAUGGGGAUUGUGCUGGAUGUGUAGUCAGUCCUCAGCCGGCGGACUCUGAAGGCACGGUUCAGUUUGACGGGGAUGGUUAUGCCGCCGUCAGCCGCCCCACCCGCUGGAACCCCAACGUUUCCACCGUCAUGCUCAAGUUUCGCACCUUCUCCACAGACGCAGUCAUGAUGUACUUCGCCACCAAGGACAUGAAAGACUUCAUGAGUGCAGAACUGAGAGACGGGAAGGUGAAAGUGAGUUGUGAUCUGGGCUCAGGCACCGGCUCCGUCAUCAGUAACAAACGCUAUAAUGACGGAAAAUGGAAGUCCCUCACCAUGUCCCGCAUGAAGAAAGAAGCAACCAUCGCCAUAGUGAACAUUGACACUAACGAGGACGAGCAGUUGCAGAUGACGUCUCCAGGUGGCGCUACAGGGCUCAACCUGAGGGAAGACGAGAGGAUGUAUUUUGGAGGUUUACCCAAGGGUGGAAGAUACAGGCCAGAGGUGGUUUCGAAGAGCUUCUCCGGCUGCAUGAAAGACAUCGAGGUUUCCCGAACGCCGUACAAUCUGCUGAGCAGCCCGGACUACACAGGACUGACUAAGGGCUGCUCCAUCGAGAACGUCCACACCGUGAGCUUCCCCAGGCCCGGCUACAUGGAGCUGAAGCCUGUGUUGUUCGACGUGGGCUCCGAGAUCACACUCUCCUUCAGCACCAGAAGCGAGGACGGCAUCAUCCUGUUCGGCCGAGGAGGAGUGACGUCCAUGACACAGCUGACGCGGGCCCGGAGCUCGCGCCGCUCGCGCAGACAGAUCGGAGAGCCGUACCUGUCUGUGACGCUGAAUAAAGGCGCACUGGAGGUGGUGGUGUUCACGGGCAGCAGGGGUGUACGCAGAACUGUCCGGAAACCCGAGCGGGGGAUCCUGCACGACGGGAGAGAGCAUUCCCUGCGCAUCCUGAGACUCCCGGGAGCAUCUUUCUCCAUGCAGGUGGACGAGGAGCCGCUCAUGCAGCAGACGUUACCCGGCGAUCAACCGCUCAGCAUCCAUCGGCUCUUCGUCGGGGGCAUCCCGCUCGAGAUAGAGACAGGCGCACAGCGGCCCAACGUGCCGUUUCAGGGAUGCAUCUGGAACCUUCUCAUCAACACUGUCCCGGUGGAUUUCUCCCAGCCCGUGGCCUUUGAGAACGCAGAGAUUGGUCAGUGCCCUGACCUGGCCCCGCCUCCAGCCCCGCCCGAGAUCCCCGAGGAAGAGGAGGAAGAGGAAGAAGAGGCUCCAGCCAAACCAGCGCUCACACCCACAGAAGCAUCCCGGCCUCGACCACCAGCCUCCACUGUACGUCCUCCUGACAAAGGCAUUGCCACACCCCUCACCCAGGCCACGCCCCUCCCAGACACGCCAAUCAAAGAGCCCGCGGUGUCGUGUGCAGCAGAGGCGGAGCCUGUCGUCCUGGAACUGGCCAAACAGUUUGGUCUGUCCAGAAACAGUCACAUGGCCUUUGAGUUUGACGACAGAAAGGUUAAGAACAGGCUGUUGAUGGAGUUCGAGGUGCGCACCGAGGCGGACUCUGGUCUGGUGUUCUACAUGGCCAGGAUUAACCACGCUGACUUCGCCACCGUACAGCUGAAGGAGGGCAUGGCUCACCUGAGCUUCGACCUGGGCAGCGGAAACACCUCCGUCAGCGUGCCACGCAUCAUCAACGACGGCCAGUGGCACAAGAUCCGCGUGACGAGAGAGAAGCAGAGAGGGAUCCUCACGAUCGACGGCCUCUACUCCAAACACACCACCAGCCCCAAGAAAGCCGAUAUUCUGGAUGUGGUGGGAAUGUUGUAUGUGGGCGGCUUACCGCUCAACUACACCACCAAACGCAUCGGGCCUGUGCUGUACAGUAUCGACGCUUGCAUCAGGAACUUCAGGAUGAUGGGUCAGGCCUUGGACAUGGGGACGCCCACAUCCAGCUAUCGUGUGGGAUCCUGUUUCGCAAACCCAGAGAAAGGAACUUAUUUUGAUGGCACAGGUUACGCCAAAGCUGUGAGCGCGUAUCGAGUGGGUUACGAGGUGUCGGUGGAUCUGGAGUUCAGGACGGCGCAGGGCACCGGCGUCCUGUUGGGCGUCAGCAGCCAGAAGAUGGACGGACUGGGCAUCGAGCUCGUCAAUGGAAAGCUGUUCUUCCACGCUGAUAACGGAGAGGGCCGCUUCACCGCUGUGCACGAGCCGGGGCAGGAGGCGGGGCUCUGUGACGGACAGUGGCACAGUGUCUCCGCCCACAAGCUGAAGCACCGGCUGGAGCUCGUGGUGGACGGCAGGCGGUCCGAGGCGGCGAGUCCAGACGUGCGCUCCGCCUCCGCCGACACCAAUGACCCUGUGUAUGUGGGCGGAUACCCCGAGGGCCUGAAGCAGUUUGGACUCACUGUAAACACACCGUUUAAAGGCUGCAUGAGGAGUGUGAAGAUCACCAAAGCUGGGAAGACUCUGGAGGUUCAAAUGAACAAAGUCCUGGAGCUCAGAGGAGUCCAACCGCUCACCUGCCCUGCCAGUUAAACACACACACACACAUGCACACACACACCUUUAACCAAUCACAGUCUGGGUCAAUAGCCAAAAGGAAUAUUAACACGAAAAACAAACAGCUGGACAAAUCAAAGACUGUAGAAAACCAGUUCAAACCAGUCUCAUGUCAUUGGGGAACCAUUUAUAAAGCUUUUUCCUUGACAGUAAGGUCCCAUUAGUUAACUUUAGUUCAUGCAUUUACAUGAACUAACAAUGAGCAAUACAUUUGUAUUACACCAUGUAUUAAUCUUUGUUCAUGUUAUUUAAUAAAAAUAAAAUGAUUCAACGUUAGUUCAUUUUAGCUCAAGUCCAUUAAAAACAUUAAUAGAUGCAGCUAUUUAAUAACGAGUUGAAAUUAAUGUUAACAAAGGGAACCUCAUUGUUAAGAGUACCAACUUUUCAUGCUGUAGUUUGUAACUUGUGUAUCUGUGCGUUAAAGACCUGAAACCAAAACAGUGAUGUGAAGAACCUGUGGUAAAACAUCAAGAUCUUGACAUCCAAAGCCUCCGCAAAGCUGUUGAAGAGCGAGUGACUUGAGGAAUCGGGACACAAUCAUAGUUCAGUAACUUAAUCAUCUACACAAUUACAGCCUGUUCACAAUGAGUUCCGCUCCGAAAUAUCAAAACGACCCGGACAGAAGCAUAGUGUCGGCCCACAUGUGGAGUCCACGUGUCCCAGACGUGGGCCGGAUCUGGGCCGACACUAGGGUGCUGUCUGGGGAAAAGUCAGAUAUAAGAAAGUAGGCCAGGUCAAACUGAACAUCAUAUUUCAAUGUGACCUCGGUGUGAAUCUAGCCCAAAAUAUCAAACUACACUUGAGGAAUCGCCAAUGGACGGACGUGAACCACACACUCAUGGGAAGGGAUGGUGUGUGUGUGUGCGUUUUUGCAUGGAGUGAUUACAUGUACUGUGUAAUGAUCAGUAUUUCAAAAUAAAGAAAUAUCCCCUCUGAGUGCA